AUGAUAAUUAAUAACAAUAAGUCCUCAAAUAAUGAAAAGUAUCAGAAGGACGAUAUUAUGUUAAAUAGUUACUUAAAUAAGAAUAUUUCAAAAAAUGAUCAAAAACAAAAAUUAUUGUCUCAUGAAAACAAAAAUUCGAAACACAUGUAUAAUGUGCAAAGGAUAUCCAAUUUUUUUGAUUCAAAUAAUAAGACAUACAAAGACGUAUCUGCAAAAAAUAUGGGGAAUAAAUAUAGCUGUAGAAUUGGAGACGAAAAUAAUAUAAAUAAGAAAAAUGAAAGCUAUAUGAAUUUUUUCAAAAAAAAUGUAAGGAGUGUGAUCAGUAAUAUAACUGGGAGAUUGAUAUUGGGGAGACAAGAUGUUACUGAAUUGAUGAAAGGAUCAUUUAAUAAUCAACCAGAAUAUACAAAUCGAAAAGAAGAUAAUAAAAUAAACGAAAGAAAAGAAACCAUUGGAGAACUGAAAAAAGAUACAAACAAUAUUAUAGAUAUACAAACGAAAAAUUAUGAAUCAUAUAAUUCAAAUAAACAUAUAACAGGAUUAAGAACUGUAUCUAUAAAUUUAGAUAAAAAGGAAAACAAAAAUUUUAACAGUACUAUUAAAAAUAAUAACAAAGGAUUUCCACUUUUAAAAAUAAAUAAAAUUACUCUAACAAAUAAUGGUAAACAAUCCAAACAAUGGAACAUAAAGGAUAUUACAAAUAACACACCUAAAUCGAAUAAUAUAAAUAAUUCAAGAAUAUUAAAUCUCAAAAAGGGGAUCGAUUUCACUAAAUAUAGAAGUAUAGUCAGUAAAAGAACGUCUCUUAUUCAGGAGAGUAUAAAGCAUAACACUAAACGUAGCAUACAAGAUCUUAUAAAAAAUAAAUUAAAUGAAAAUAAUAAACCAGGAAAAGAUAUUGCAGGAAUAACGAUGAAAAAAAUGAAUUAUCAAUUCCCUCUCACUACUCAUAAUAGUAUAAAUCAAAAAAUUUUAGAUAAUUUAAAAAAAAUACCCCCCCCGAAUAUACACACACUAAAUAGAAAAGUAAAGGUGUGUAGUAAAACAAUAAAUGAUAGCAAAAUAAAAAGUAAUUUAAAUAUCAAUCUAAAAGAAAAGAAAAAUAAACCGUUUUUAUUAAAAGGUCUUAAUAAAAAUGAAAAAAUUCCAUACAAAAAAAAUCCUUAUACACCUACUUAUAUGUCUAUUCGUGAUAAAAAAUUAACACGACAUGAAAAUUUGAAAAUAAUAGUAAAUGAUGAUACAUUUCAUAAAAAUUUAAAAAAAAUGUUAAUUGAUACUAUUAUGAAUCCUGAAAAAGGGGAAACAGGUGAUAAAGUAAGCAUAUCAAAUAAAAAAGAUUCUUUGCCAUUUUUGAAGAGGCAAAGCAGUAAUGUAACAAAUAAGAGCAGUCCAAUAAAUAAAGGACUAAAUAAUUUAAUGAAAAAUAAAAAUCCUAUUGAAACAAAACAAGAAAUGCUUAGAAGAUAUUCAACAGCAGUUAGAAACAGAAAUUCAAUUAUUAUAAAAUCUAAUAACACGACCCAAUACAAUAAUACUAAUACGUCUAAUAUUGUUAUUAUUAAUGAUAUAGAAGACACAGGAAAUAAUAAAAACAAUAUAUUAGUUAAAAAUAAAAAACAAAUAGAAGAAACUAUAUUGAUAGAUGAAGAUACACAAGAAAAGGGGAAUAUUCAAGAAUAUAAAAUGAUAGAUGUAAUAGAUAAAAUAAAUAGUAAUGUAGAUUUGGAAAACCUGGCGAGAUAUAAAACUAAUAAAAACGCAUUCGAAGAAUUGAUACAACGUAGUUUAAAUAUAGAUGAAAAGAAACAUGUUAUUUUAAAAAAUAUAGACAAAUUUAAAGAUAGUUCCGUUCCCCCUUUAAAUAGGAUUAUCGAUAAAGAUGGUGGAAAUAAAAGCCAUGAAAUUAAUACGUCAAUCAAUAAUAUUCUUAAAAUAGAAAAAUAUCAAGAUAUAAAAGAAGAAUUGAAUGACAAAAAAACAUAUUCAGAAACUGAAACGCAUACAUUACCAUUGCAUGGUAUUAAUCUAUCUAAUAUAUCAAAUUUGUUACCCAACAAAAUUAUAUUUUCAAGUUUAGACAAAGAAUGCUCAGUUAAAAAGAUUGCCAACAAUUUGGUGAAUAAAGAUAUAAAUAAGUUCGUUCCAAAAAACGAGAUUUCUAAAGCAAAAAUUCAAAGUAUUAAUGCAAGCUUUAAUGAAUAUAAUGAAUUUGAUGAAGCAUUAAAAGAAACACGCAAUUACAAGGAAAGUGUAACUUCAAAAGAUGAGCGAUAUCCCCCAUUGGAUUUUGAUAGACAUUAUGAAAAUAAUUCCAAAUUAAUAAAUGAGAAUUGUGUAGAAAAUAGUAUUGAUAAAAACGUUUCAAAUAUAUAUAGAAAAAAUCAAUUUAAUGAUCAAAUUGGUUAUGAUAAUAUAUAUAAUGAUGAAAAUUUUGAGAAGAACUAUGUCAUAGAAGUAAAUUGUAAAAAAAAUGAUAGUAGUACAUUUAUUGAAGAUAAAAAUGCAGGUUUUAAUUUGUAUUCAUCCCAAAAAGAUGGCCAAAAAAUGGAAGCAUUUGACACAACAUAUGAUAUGAAUGGAGAUAUUUUUAAGAAUACAUUAACUAAUGAAAAUUAUGAUGAAGUAUAUGAAACAUAUAAAAAUGGUAUGUGUGCAGAAAUUGAAACUAAAAAAAUAAAUUCUAAAAUUUGUUCUAAUGAAACGAAUUUUGUUAGCUGUGAUUCUAAAAAUAUAAAAGUUGAAAAUAAUAAUUGUAAUAAUGAGAAUAAUUUAGUAUCUUCUUUUUACAAAGAAACGAAAUGCAUAUCAUAUUUGAAAAGAAAUGAAUCUGAUCAAAAUGAAAAUAAUGAAGCUCGAAAAAAAGACGUAAGUAAAGAUUUUAAUUGUGAAGAAAAAUCAAUAAAUAAUCACAAUAUACUCAAAAGGGGGGAAAUAUUGAGUCGAUGCAAAUCUUAUGAUAAAGAAAACAAUCAAAUUUCCAAUGAUGAUGAAAAUAAUGUAAUAAUAAAAGAUUGUAAAUAUAUAGAAAUGCUAUUGAAGAAUUCUGAAGAAAUAGAAGAUGAAUCAAAAGGUCAUAAUAAAAAAAUAAUAAAUAAUAGUAAUUUUAUUCCAAACGAUAUGAUCCCUUGUUUUGAAAAGAUGGGCAUAAGUGAAAGCAAUUUAAACGGUUAUAAGAAUGAAGACAAUAGUAAUCAAUAUAAUGAGUUAAAAGAUGGAACGAAUAAUAAUAAUUCGAAAAACAACGAACAAAAUAAAAACUUGAAUUGUGUAAAUUUAAAAAGAACCUCAGUUGAUAAAGAUAAUGAUAUAGAUGAAAUAAUGACAAUAUUCAAAGAAACAAUUAUAGAUAAAAUAGAUGAUAAAGAAAGUGAUAUUUGUGUAAGUAAUAUAAUUGGAAAAGAAGAUAUUCAAAAAACGAUUUUACCAUAUAACGAAAAUAAUAUGAAUACUUUAUAUACUUCUACAUUUGUAUCUUUUCCAAAAGGUGAUAAAAUAGGAAAAAACAUUAUUAAUGGAUUGUUGUAUAACAAAGAUAACAAAAGUGCACAUAUUGAUGAAAAAUUAAAAGAAAAUUCAUUCGAUUUUGAAAAAAAUAUAAAUUUCGAAAAAAAUGAGGAAAAGGGGACGGAAAAAUUGAAAUACGAAAAAAAUUGUGAAAAUAUUGGGAAUAAUCAUAAUCAAGCUAAUAAUACUAAAUUGUUGAAGGAUAAAAAUGGAAAGAAAAAAAGAAGAAAAUGGGAAUGUAUAAAAAAACAAAUAUCAUAUAUUAAAACACAUGAAGGAAAAUAUUUAAUUAAAGAUGCAUAUACUGAUAGUAAAAAGUUUGGAAUAACUUAUUGCUUGGGUAGUGAUGAAAAUGAAACAAAUUCUGUUACACUUUUAAAUGAUGGUAAAUUACUACAUAAAAAUAAAAUGUGUGUAAAUUUUUCAAAACCCCAAGUUGGUAAGUAUUGUAACAGAAAUAAUAAAAUUGGCAAUAAGAUUUUUUCGUUGAAUAAAUAUCCAAACAAAACAAUAUUGAUGAAGAAAAAAUACAUAAUGAGUAAUUUUUCUUUUAAUUUAAAAAAAAAUUAUAAUCUCAGUUUAAAUAAUCAAAAUGUUAAUUUUUUUAAAAUAAAAAAAGGAAAAUUUUGUGAUAAAAAAAAUAAGAUAGAUGUGAUAAAUUUAGAGGCUCAAAUUGGUAGUAGCACCAAAAUUAAUAAUAGUUCUUGUUAUAUCAACAAAAAUAGUAACAUAUGUGAAAAUAAUAAUACGAAAAAGCGAAAAAUUGAUUUACCUUUAGAAAAAAAUAAUAAACAAAAUUAUGAACAAGUCAAGAGCAAAAAAAUUAAUUCAAUGCAUUCUUUACAAGCAUGUGUUUUAUCACAAAUGAAUGAUGAAAUUAAAAAUUCCCAAGAAAUGUUAACUAGCCAAAGUGUAAUCUAUAAAAUAGAAGAUGCUGUGACAAAAAACCAAAGUGAAAAAAAAGUUGAAAUUAUUAAUUUAUUCCAAAGUGAAGAUAGUGAGCAAAAUAUGCACACUAAGGAAAAUGCAUAUAAUAAAGAAGAUGCUAAUAAAAUGACAAAACCUUCCCAUUCUGAUAAGCAUGAAAAUAUUUUCAAUUUUUUACAACCUGAAUCCGAUAAUAACUUGGAAAACUUAUAUAAUAUCUCCUCGAAUAAAGAAGGAAUAUUUUUUUAUGAGCAUGGGUGGAUAAAUAUAAUUUUACAACUAAUAAAUAAUAAUAACUUGGAUUUGGCAGAAAAUUUGAUGAUCUUCCUUUUUCAAAAAGAAGAACAAUUGUACAAGUCAUUUAUAAAUGAUGAAAGUGAAUUUGUUAAGACAUAUGAAUAUAUAAAAAAAGGCAAUGAAGAAAAUAGUAACCUUUGUAUAAAUAACAAUGAAAAUAAUAGAAAAAAACAAAACAUGAAUAAAAAACUAUCAUCAUUUAUGCAACAGAUUUGUAUGAAAUGUCCUUUAGAUUGGCCUUUGUUAGAUAUUGGGAUUUUAAUCAUAGUUUCUCAGGUUGUUUGCUAUAUUUUUAAUUAUAAUAAAAUACAUUUUUUUUUUGAUGCAUGUAGAAUAUUUGAAAAAUAUUGUAUUGGAAUUUUAUUAAACUCAUCAUUAAUUUGUACAAAAAAGAAUGGAAGUUUUGUUUUUAUGUUUGAACAUGAGUUUUUUUAUCAAAUUGUUAUUUCUAAGGAUUAUAAAAUAUCUAAAGAGGUGAUAAAGUAUCAUUCAAGCUAUUUAAAAAAUGACUAUUUUAUUCAAGAAAAAACAAUCUUAGAUUAUAUUUUUCUGGCCUUAGCAUGUUAUAUCACUAUAAGCCAAAACUUGAAGGAUUAUAUUGAAAAUAAUAAUAUUAUUUAUUACUUGAACUUUUUUCACAAAGGGAUUGAUUCAAAAGAAAUCUCAGGGGCGAUGUCUGACAUGUUCCCCGAGAGGAAACUCAAAAGAAGACGGAUUAAAGAAAGAAGUGAAAGUAUCACAAAUAAACCGUUUAGAAGAGCAAUUUCCUCAGAUACUGCACAAUACAUUAAUAAUGAUCAUAUUAUAAAACAUAGUCAGUCGGAAAGCAUAGAUAAAUAUCAGAACAACUCAGAGUAUAGAAAUAAAGAAAAGAACGAAAAUAAAACAUACGAAAAGAAGGUAAAAAAAAGGCUAAGCAUAUUGAGAACAGUUAAAUGCAUAAAAAAAUUGAAGAAAAUAAAAGGAAUUAAUAAAAUUGAGAAAAAUCACGAUUUUGAGGAAUUGAAUAAUAGUAGCCAAAAUAAUGAUAACCAAGUUAAUAAGAAUGGUUGGGUAAAAAAAAGUGAAUCGUUUGACAAUGCAAGGUCGAAUAAAGAAAAUAUAAUAAAUUGUUUAAACAAAAAAAAACGAACACGAUAUUCAAAUAUCGAAAAAAAUGAAAUGAAUUGUUUAUUUAAUAAUAGAAAAAUUGAUACAAUUGUAAAAUAUCAUACUAAAACCAAAUUUGAAAAAUUAUUAUGUUUUAUAAUUAUUGAAAUAUUUAAUUUAAUAUAUGAUAAUAGAAAAUAUACUAUUGAAAAUAUUUUAAUAAUUCGAAAAUUUUUUCGUAUUUUUCUAAAUUAUGCCCAAAAAAAGUUCAUUUCGUUGUCUAUAUAUAUCUAUUCAAAAAAAAGUAAAAAAAAAAGUCUUCAUAAUCCACAAAAUCAUGAAUUUAAGGAUUUUAUACAAUUGGAAUUCGAAAACGCUACUUCGAAUUUAGACAACUUAUUAUCGAAAUAUAGACAUAUUAAUAUUAACAAAUCUGGUAAGGACACACAUAAUUGUGAUUUAUUUGAUAAAACUCGAAACAACCAAAGUCAAGGUUGCAGAGAUGAUAAACCUAUGUUAAAUCAAAUCGAUACAUAUUGUUAUAAUAAGGAAAGUUAUUUUGGAUACGAUUUUAGUGUAGAAGAUGGUAAUUUAUUUAUUCCGAUGCCAAGUUAUAUAUAUGAAAAUUAUUAUAAUAUGUGGGUAUGGAUUGAAAGAAUAUUUUGUGAAAAUUUUUAUCAAAUAAAUAAUAUGCUAUUCAAUUUUUUUAGUUUUGAAAAGAAUGGAAUAAAUAGUAAAAAAAUAAAUGUUGAUUAUAGUAAACUAGAAUUAAUAAAUCGAAACAUAAAAAGAUUUUCAUCUUUACAAAAAAGAAAUGGUUUUAUAUUAAAAGAAUAUUGGAAUAUUUUUGGAUUGAAGAAAAGGAAUAAUUCUCCUUCUUCUAAUUCCAAUAAUAAUUUUAAAAAUGAUGUAAAAAAUAGUAGCGAUUUUUUGAAAGAAGAUAAUGAAUUUCUUCCUGGAAGUAUUCAUUCAAAAAAACUGCUUCCUAAUUGUUAUUCACUUGAAGAAUGGUCAGGAAAAAACCAAUUAUUUUAUGAAUUAGAAAAAAAAGAUCAAGAAUAUGAUAUGCUUUGUUCUUAUUUUUUAUCAUCUAUACAUUGUAUAUGUAAAACUUAUUUAAGCAUGGAAGAAAUUCCAUCAUUUCUUCAUUUAAAAAAUAAAAAUAAUGUUAUAUUAGAUGAUACAUUAAUUUGUUUAAAUGAAAUGAAUUUGUCUUUUACAAAAACAACAAUGAAAGAAGAUUGCAAUGUGUAUGAACAAAUAAAUAGAACUUUGAAAUUCGAUAAAGAUCAGGAUAAAAUUGGACAAGAAAAUCUAUUGCAUAAAGAAAGUGCUCAAAAUUUAAGUGAAAAUUAUGAAAAAAAUGUUUUGUUGUUAAACCAGUUAAAAAAAAGAUUAAAAGUAUAUGAUAUACAAUGGUAUGAAGAAUAUGAAAAGAAAUAUUUUAAUUUAUUAAAUUGUAUAAACUUAUUGAAAAAGCAAUUUAAAAAAAAUAAAUUAUUUUAUAAAAUUAUGAAAAAUAAUAUAUCAUCUAUAUGGUUAAAUAAAAUACAGAUAUAUUUACAAUAUAUACAAAUAGCAAUCAAUUGUAAAUUUGUUUUAGGUUAUACAUAUAAUAAUAUUUAUUUAUUUAUUAAAAAAAAUUAUUCCUUUGUUAUUACAAUUAUAGAGCAUUAUAUGAAUUCACAAAUGAGAGGAAGUACAGUUACUACUACUAUCGAUAAAUCUGAUAAGACAAGCAAAGACAAUGGAAAUAUAGAUUGCCAAGUUGAUGAUAGGAUUGAAGAAAUAUCUGAUUCGUCAAUCUUAGAUUUUCCUAUAGAGAUUGGGGAAAUUUUGAUCGAUGAUAAUUUUUUGCUAACUGCAUGGGAAAUUGCAAAUUUUUAUUUUUGUAUCUUAUAUUAUAAGUUCGAGUUAAAAACUAUUUUAAUUGAGGUAUUAAAAUGGAUACAUUUUUUUGAAAAAAUUGGAACAAAAUAUUCACAAGAACUAUUCAAAUUUCGUUGUAGUUCAUACAUUUUGCAUAUCCUGAUUUUGAUGAAUAAAUAUCAAACUGCUCAAAAUAUGAUGAAAAAUAUUUCGCACCAUUAUAUUAAGAAUGUGAAUGGAAAUAAUGGGGAUGAGUUUCAAAAUGGGGAAGAGUCACGAGUGAAACGAUGCAUAUUGCCUUAUUUAAAAAAAAACAAAAUGAUGGAUAAUAGUAUGGAAAAUUUGAAAAAUUUUGAAAAUUUUGGCGAGGAAACAAAGAAAGGGAAUGGAAAUAAAAAAGGAGAUGGCAGUGUUGUAGAAAAUUUAUUUCCUCAUUUUGAAAAAAAAAAAAUAUUAUAUUCGCAUAUUAUAAAUAAAUGCUAUUUAUAUAAUAAAUGGGUAAAUUAUAUGAUAAUGAAAUAUAACAAAGUUUUAAUUUAUUUAUUAAGAAGAAAUAAUAUUGUAAAAUUAAUUUUGUUUAAUAAAAAAAAUGUAAAUGUUCUUAUGAAAAGUCGAAAAGAAAAGGUACUAAUAAAAGAUAUUAGUAAACAUAUGAUUAAGCUACAAAAUAUUUUACUUUUUUUACAUUAUCUAUCCAUCAAAUUAUAUAAAAGUUAUUAUUAUCAUUCAUCUAUUUUGCAUAACAUUACAUCUAAGCAAAUAUUAGAAGCAUCUAAAUAUUUGAAUAUAAAAAUAAAAAAUAAAAAAAUUAUAAUGAAUUAUAUUACUUCUUUUCAAAAUAUGAAUGCUUAUCACAAUUAUAAACCAUUUGAAACCAAUAUAUCAAUGAAUUAUACACCCAACAAUUCUAUAUAUUUGUCUAACUUAUCGGACCUAUUCCCAAGUUCAACUCUUUUUAAGUCUAUUUCCUUAAACUAUGAUAAUAAAUGGAUAAAUACUAAUGCAUCUACAAUUCCAAUUUCUUCAAACGAUUGUAUAAAAACUGAUAGAAAUGAUUCUUUUAUUUGUAUGGAUUCAAAUUCACAAGCAAACAUGCCAAAUGACAACACCUACACAAGCAAUAGUCAAAAUAAUGAUGAUAUGUUUUAUCUACAUGCUUUAAUAUUGAGUAUACAAAUACAGUAUACUCUUUCUAUUUGUAUUAUUUUGUGCUCCGACUUGUUUAUUGCACCGAGAAAGGUAAACAGACUUAUAAAGAUGAAAAAUAAUGUAAAAAAAAAAAAGUUCAAAUCAAUUAACUUUGUUUUAUCUUUGUUUAGCUAUAAAUUAUUAUGUAAGCAUUAUAGGAUCAUAAAUGGAAAUUCUUAUAAAAAAAGAAAAAAAAAAUGUAAUAAUACAAAUAAUGUGAUAAGGGCUAUUGAAAAUGUGGGAGAAAAAAAUAAUCUAAAACCUUUUGACGAAAAAUUCAUUAAUUUAACAAAUACACCUAACAUAUAUAAUACUAAUUAUUCUACACAAGUCGAGGCAAAUAACGAUAAUCCAUUUAAUGAUAAAAAAUUUAUAAACAAUAAUAUAGAAGAACAUUAUAUUAAUGAAAAUAAUUGUAAUGAAUAUGAUAAUGAAUCAGUUAUUCCAUUACAAGAAAGCUUUCAACAAAUAGAUAAAAAUAAAAUUUCAGAUUAUUCUAAUAAUUUUAAUUUAAAACAUGAAAAUACAAAAGAGAGGAAAGAAUAUAAUUCUGAUAUUUUAACUGAUGAAUUAAUAAAUGACUUUGGGAAAAUGAAUGACAUAAAUUAUUUAAGUGACUUUGUUCCAGGAAAAUAUGAAAAUUAUAAAAAAAUUAUUUUGAAAAAAAAUAAUUAUAAUAAUAUUUAUGAAAAUCUGUCUAUACUUCGAAAAAAUAAAAUAAAAAAUGUUAUUACAAAAAAAAACAAUUAUCAUGUUUUAGUUAAAAUAUCUACAUGGCUAAGCAAAAACUCGGUUUUACAGUUGACUUGGAUUGCAGAGAAAUUAUUUAAAAUAUGCCUUCCCGAGAUGUUAUGCGUAGUUUUAGGAUUACAGGCAAAUAUGCUUGUUAACAAAAAUAUCUUAGCAAAUGUAAAACGAAUUGACAGAAUUAUGAGGCUGUGUUCAGAAAGCCCACAACUUGUCCAUUUCGCAACAGAAUCCUUGAAAAAAUACAAAAAUAAGAAGAACUGUCAAAUAUAUAAUAAAUAUUUUAAAAUUUAUAAAAAAUCAAAAAAAAUAUUUUUAGAAAAAAAAAAGGAAAUUAAUAAUUCGGAAGACAUUAUGAGCAAGCUUUGCGAAUAUUUUCUAAAAUCUUAA